UCCCCCUCGAACCCCUCAUCUGCACCUGAUACUGUACCAGAUCCUCCUAGCUGACAGGCGUAGUGCCAAAUUCCCCCAGCACUGAAAUUCCUCGGUGUAUUUCUCUUUUCAGAAAUACCUUCGGGCUAUCUACGCCCUCUUUAUCCUGACAAGUCGAUCACAUGGAGCGCUAUUCCAGGGUCCAGAGGGGAAUGCGGGGUCUAGAUAAAGAAGCUCGAGGUAGCUACCCCAGCUACCCCAGCUCUCCAGUUCUCAAGCUGUCAUAAAAUCACAUUUUCCCACAACAGAGCUUUGUUCUUUGUUCCUCACCAUCAAUUCCUCCUCUCAUAACCAUUCAUCAUGACUGGUGACUCUCCCGUACUCGUUGCUCCACAUGAGGCGUAUGUUGGAUCAAUUGAUCAGGGCACGACUAGUACUCGAUUUCUGAUCUUCAAUCGAGAUGGGGAGCCGGUUGCUUCACAUCAAGUUGAGUUCAAGCAGUAUUAUCCUCAGCCAGGAUGGCACGAACACGACCCUCUUGAAAUCAUAACCUCAAUCGAGACCUGCAUCGAAGGAGCCGUCAAAUCCUUCGAAGACAACGGCCACUCCGCUCGCUCCAUCAAAGCAGUCGGCAUCACCAACCAGCGCGAAACAACCGUAGUCUGGGACACCAAGACUGGCGAGCCCCUCUACAACGCCAUCGUCUGGACCGACACGCGGACUCAAGCCCUCGUCCGCAAACUCAAACAACGUCUCGGCUCCGACAAACUUCAAGACCUCUGCGGUCUCCCUUUGUCAACUUAUCCCUCGGUCGGCAAACUCCUCUGGCUGAUUGAGAACGAGCCAAAGAUUGCUGAUGCGUAUGCUAAAGGGACGCUGGCAUUUGGUACGAUUGACGCUUGGGUUGUGUACAGACUUAACGGCGGCGUGAAGAAGAAUGUAUUCGUGACGGACCCGACGAAUGCGUCGAGGAGUAUGUUCAUGAACAUCCACACUCUGAAAUACGACGAGCAGCUCCUGGACUUCUUCCGCUUUGACAUGAAGAAACUCAAUCUCCCGAAAAUCGUCCGCUCUUCUGACCCAGAAGCAUACGGGACUUUGACUACGGGCGUCUUGUCCGGUGUGCCUAUUACUGGAUGUCUAGGCGAUCAAUCCGCUGCUUUGGUAGGUCAGAAAGGCUUCUCGCCUGGAAGAGCAAAGAAUACGUAUGGGACGGGCUGUUUCCUGCUCUACCAUGUAGGCGACAAGCCUGUGAUUUCGAGUCAUGGAUUGCUUAGUACGGUAGCGUAUGAUUUCGAUGGGAAGCCGCAGUAUGCACUGGAAGGUAGUAUUGCGGUAGCGGGAUCGAGUAUCAAGUUCCUGCAGAAUAAUUUCGGGUUUAUUAAGGAAUCGAGAGAGAUUAGUACGUUGGCGGAGACGGUGGAGGAUAAUGGGGGGUGUGUGUUUGUUACGGCGUUUAGUGGGUUGUUUGCGCCGUAUUGGAUGGAUGAUGCUAGAGGGACGAUUUGUGAGUUUUUUCUCUCCGUUCUGUACUUUUUUUUUUUCAAGUCAUACCUGUUUCAUCUCAACCUGUCUUUUCUCAACUUUUCCCACGUCUCUCACGCCUCAGCUAACGUCUAACCCCACAGUCGGCAUCACAGCCUACACCAAGAAAGGUCACAUCGCACGCGCUACACUCGAAGCUACCUGUUUCCAAACCAAAGCCAUCCUCGACGCCAUGGAGAAAGACAGUGGACACGCUCUCGCAGAACUGGCCGUCGACGGCGGAAUGACAAACUCAGAUCUCUGCAUGCAGACCCAAGCCGACCUAACCGGCAUCCCCGUCUCCCGCCCCCGCAUGCUCGAAACCACCGCCCUCGGCGCCGCCAUCGCAGCCGGCUUCGCCAUCGGCGUAUGGUCCUCCUUCGAAGAACUCAAGAACGUGAACACCGCCGGAACGACCGUGUUCCAGCCCAAGAUCGAUGCCAAGGAGAGGGAUAGGCGGUUUGGCAGGUGGGAGAAGGCUGUGGGGAUGUGUAGGGGGUGGGAGGGGAAUGAGAAGGUUGAGGAGAAGUGAGUGUUCCUGACCUUGAGGAUGAGAAGAAGGAGAGGGAGGGGAGAGGUUGAGAGGGGAGGAGGGGUGGUAUUAUUUGAUAUACAUAUACCAAUUCGUUUGUUUUGUAUUUAGUCUCGAGGAGUCGUCUUCCACUGGGGGGUUGACUCCGAUUUCCAGCAGCACAUCGACGUCGCAGGCGCAAAUGAAGAGCAAGCUUUGAACACCGUCCGAUCCCGUACCUUCGCAAUCCCGAUCCCCCGUUCGUCUCGUCUCCUCUCGUCUCGUCUCGUCUCGUCUCACUACCAUCCUACUCGACACUUCUUCGUCUAGAAUCUUCAUGGUCCGUGUCUACGUGAGUGAAUGAGUCCAUCAUACUACCACUCCCAUACUCUGCAACGACGAGCACUCAGCCAAUCAUUCCCACACCACUCCCUCCGCCCACGCAUUCCCCGUCUUCUCAAAAACCCACCUCCUAAACACCUCCGAAUCAGCAUCCUCAUCAAACCUCACCUCCCCCUCCCUUACACUCCCACUCCCCCCCUCACCCUCCCCCUCCCC